AUGGGCUCAAGACAACGCAACGGCGGAUCUUGUGGGCGAUGCUCGUGCAUCCUCGUUGUGCUGGCGGUGGUCGUCACCGUCGGCCUCAUCGGGUGGAAUUGGGCCGGCCACACGCUCACCGCCAAUGGCCAGCUCUCGGCCGGCUCUUUUAACCCCUACGCGGCCGAACGCGAGGCGCUGGCCAUGGAGCGCGCCUCGCUGGAGCAGGAGCGCUCCUCGCUCGACCGCGAGCGCGAGGAGCUCGAGAUCGAGGCCGAUCGCAACCGCAAGGAGGCAAUCAAGCUCGACCACGAGCGGUCCGACGUGGAGCGCCACCGCUCCGACGUGAAGCUGGCCACGGCCGACAUCGAGAAGGACCAGGAGGAGCUGACGCUCGGCCAGGCCAAGCUCGAGAAGGACCGGUCCGAGCUGCAGAAGACCAAGCAGGCGCUCGAGGAGGAGACGGGCAGAGUGCAAGAGUUGCGCGAGAGCCUCGAGGAGAUGCGCGAGCGGCUCUCGGCCGAGAGGGCUAAGGUAGACAUCGACCGAGCCGCCGCCAAGGACCUCAUCAACGCCGUCAAGAAGAUGCAGGAAUCGGGCUUCAGCAACGCCGAACAGGAGGAAGAAGAGGAGGAGUCCACAGAUGCGGAAGCCACCGAAGACGAACCCGUCGAAGAGGAGACCGCCGAGGCAGAGGCAGAGGCAGAGGAGACCGCUGACGAUGUCGGCGAUGCUGGCGCUGACGAGUCUGCUGAAGAGGUCGACGACCAGUCGGCUGCGGAGGUCGACGACGCACCGCAGCAGACCGAUGACGACGCGACGGGCGCUGAGGAUGACGGCGACGCCGUCAACGAAGCUUCUGAUGACGAUGCGAACACCAACGCAGCGGUGGUCGACGACAACGACAAUCUGGUGGAAGCCGCGACGCCCGCAAAGAGCGUCUUCGUUAAGAAACCGGUGCCUCCCUUGCGCGGCGGCUUGGGCGCCAAGCCCAACAAGAUCUACGCCAAGCCCAAGGCCAAGGCGCAGCAGCCCGCGCCUCCUCCCGUGGUCCCGUCCAAGAAGAACACCAAGAGGAAGCCCACCAAGCAGCGCAGUGGCUGA